AUGCAGCCGGACCCGAGCGGGGACGCCGGCAAUGCGAAGGCGAAGCUGCCGCUGCCGCAGCCGGUGACGGCGCCGGCGCCGGCGCCGUCGUCGGGGCGGCCGGCGUCCGUGCUGCCGUACAAGACGGCGAACGUGCGGGACCACUACCGCAUCGGCAAGAAGCUCGGGCAGGGGCAGUUCGGCACCACGUUCCAGUGCGUGGGCAAGGCCGACGGCGCCGAGUACGCGUGCAAGUCCAUCCCCAAGCGCAAGCUGCUGUGCCGGGAGGACUACGAGGACGUGUACCGCGAGAUCCAGAUCAUGCACCACCUCUCCGAGCACCCCAACGUCGUCCGCAUCCGCGGCGCCUACGAGGACGCGCUCUUCGUGCACAUCGUCAUGGAGCUCUGCGCCGGCGGCGAGCUCUUCGACCGCAUCGUCGCCAAGGGACACUACAGCGAGCGCGCGGCGGCGAAGCUCAUCAAGACCAUUGUCGGGGUCGUGGAGGGAUGCCACUCGCUCGGCGUCAUGCACCGGGACCUCAAGCCGGAGAACUUUCUCUUUGCCAGCACCGCCGAGGAAGCCCCACUCAAGGCCACUGACUUUGGGCUUUCCAUGUUUUACAAGCCCGGUGAUAAAUUCUCUGAUGUCGUUGGAAGCCCUUACUAUGUUGCACCAGAGGUACUUCAGAAAUGCUAUGGUCCAGAAGCUGAUGUGUGGAGCGCGGGCGUAAUUCUGUACAUUUUGCUUUGUGGUGUCCCCCCAUUCUGGGCAGAAACUGAGCCUGGAAUCUUCAGGCAGAUUCUGCGAGGCAAACUUAAUUUUGAAUCUGAACCCUGGCCUAGUAUCUCUGAUAGUGCUAAGGAUCUGGUCCGUAAUAUGCUUACUCGGGAUCCUAAAAAGAGAUUUAGUGCUCAUGAGGUUCUCUGCCACCCAUGGAUUGUUGACGAUGCCGUGGCACCUGAUAAGCCUAUUGAUUCUGCUGUUUUGUCAAGGCUGAAGCAUUUUUCGGCAAUGAACAAGCUCAAGAAGAUGGCAUUAAGGGUCAUUGCUGAAAGCCUGUCUGAGGAAGAGAUUGGAGGCCUCAAGGAGUUGUUCAAGAUGAUUGAUACUGACAAUAGUGGGACUAUAACAUUUGAUGAGCUGAAAGAUGGCUUGAAAAGGGUGGGCUCUGAAUUAACAGAGAAUGAAAUCCAGGCUCUGAUGGAAGCAGAUGGUCAAAUCGACUACAGCGAGUUCACGGCGAUGAUGAGGAAGGGCAAUGCUGGUGCAACAGGAAGGAGAACCAUGAGGAACAGCUUGCACUUGAAUCUCGGCGAACUCUUGAAUCCCAGCAAAACCUAG